UCUAUACAGUGUUAAGAGAAGUAUUAGUAAACGACAUCACUUUAUUUUUCUGUGUAUCUGGUCAUAUAGUGUCCAAAGAAACUCGACGUUCAAAUUUUCACGAAUCGAGAUUUAAAUUGUAAAUAAAUUCGGAAAAAUGUUUCGUCUUUUUGUGGUAGCAAUGAUGCUCCUUGUAACGACUGAUUUGGUUAUAACGACGCAUUUGGACAAGAAUUCCAUUCAGCAACCUUCGAAAAAAAUUGAUACCGACUUACGAAAAGUUCGUUCAUUGAAUGAUAAUCUUCCUACAGUACUUUUAUCCAUUUAUAAUAACAUGAAGUACUAUGGCAAUAUUACUAUUGGAACUCCGCCGCAAACAUUUAGAGUGAUAUUUGACAUGGUUUCCCCACAUCUUUGGAUAUUCUCCAAAAAAUGCAACGUUUCUGUUUGUUUAAGACGUAAUCGAUAUGAUAGUACAAAAUCCAGUACAUAUAUAGCAAGUAAUACUUCAUUUCAUAUGAAUUAUUUCAAUUACCAUAUGGAAGGAUUCCUAUCUACUGAUAUAGUGAAUAUUGCCGGUCUGAAUGUUCAAAAUCAAACAUUUAUAGAAAUGAGUAUCCAUACAGUGUCAAUCAUAGAACGUUUAUUUCUUGAUGCACCAAUUGAUGGUAUCUUAGGCCUGGGAUAUUCCGACACAUCUAUCGAUACAGAAAUGCCUCUCUUAGACAACAUGAUUGCACAAGGUCUGAUAUCAUCACCCAUUUUCAGUUUUUAUCUAAAUAGAGACACUUCAGCCGAAUUAGGUGGUAAACUGAUAUUGGGUGAUUCCGAUCCUGUUCAUUACGAGGGCGAUUUCACAUAUAUUCCUAUUAGUCGGACAGGACACUGGCAAUUUAUUAUGGAUAAAAUAGUAAUAAAUGAUACCAAUCUUUGCGGAGAAAGCUGCGGUGAAACUACUGUUGCAAUAGAGACUUUGUUUAUAUGGGGACCAAGAAAAAAUAUUACAUUUAUUGAUACACUUAUACAAGUUUUUAUGGAUUGCGAUCAAAUUUCUCAGUUACCUACAAUACAAUUUAUUUUCGGUGGUGAAGCAUUUAAUCUCACCAGUAAAGAUUACAUGUACCCGGGAUUAUAUGAGGAUAUUUCUAAUAAAACUACAUGUCGAAGCGGUAUUGUGGACUUUGACAGGGAUGAUAUAAAUUGGAUAUUAGGCAGUAUCUUUAUUAGACGCUACUACAUCGAAUUUGAUAUGAAGAAUAAUCGAUUGGGAUUUGCUUUGGCGAAAUAAAUAUUAAUUAUUUUCUCUAGCACUUUUUGAACAUCUUUUUAUACAUCUCACAUAAUAAAAAUGUACAUAAUGUGCAUUUAUGUACAUUUGCUGGCAUAUUUUGUGAGUUUCACAUAGUCCUGGAUUAAAAUUGGGUACAAAAUAUUAUUAUAUUUUUAGAUAUCUAACAUUACUUUCAUAAUAAUUGCUCAUAACAUACUUAAUGAGAUAUUUAAACGUAUUUGAAGACUGUAUAUAUCUUUAACUUCUUUUUUAAACGUCUAC